GGUUUCCUGCCAAUCACUGCCCGUUUGCCCGCCCCCUUGCGCUGGCCCGACAGCCUCGGGUGGGGGAGGUCGGGGAGGGGGCGAUAAAAUGGCGCAGGGGGCGGAGUGAGGCGCAGUCGUUCGCCCAGGCUUCGGCCCCGCUUCCGGAGGAAGGUGGGAGUCAAUCAUUUUGACAAGUCUCCUGAAAGGAACAGCUAGCGGGAGCUGAAACCUUUUUCCAUUUGGUCUCGUGGCAAAGAGAUCACACCAGCAGCUCCACACAAUAUGACGUGCUCACUAGUGCCCUCUGAACAGUCUUCUGGAACUUCUCUCUUGCCUAAAGACAAUGCCCCAUUUUCUUGGGGUUCCUUGAAUGAGGAUGGAUUGGAUGACUCCUUGCUGGAUCUGUCUGAGGGAGAAGAAGAUGAUGGCCAUUUCAGUUUCACAGAGGAAGAUAUUCAGGAGCUCCUGAAGGAUGAUGACCUAUCAAAUGAGCACUUUUCUUGGGGAGGAGGGUUGCUUAAAGAUAAUAGGCAUGUUGAGAAGGGAGGGAAAGGGAAUGAAAUUCUAUUGGACACUUCCCAAGAGAAAAAUUCAUUGUACAGCUUGGGACCAGUAGCCGAGACCCCUGGCCUCUUAAAACUACCUCAACUAAGCACAUCAGUUGGUAAUGGACCAACUCCUACUAAACCAUUAAACAGACACUUUGCACUAGAAAAGAAUCUUAUAAAAAUAACAGUUGUUGCACCAUUUGAUCCAACAGUUUGUGAUGCUGUGCUUGAUAAGGACAAGACUGAUUCAUCCAAAGAUACUGAAAAACCCUCCUCCCUUGGGGAAGAGAUGAGAAAAGGUGGUCUUAGUCCAAAUGAGAACAAACUCUGCAGUGAGUCUGAAGGGAUCAGUCCCAGUAAUUCUGCUUGGGAUGCACCCCCACUCUCUUCUCCUUCAGACAAUGACUUUGAACAAACUGUGUCUGAUAAAAAUAUGCCUGACAGUAAGAGACCUACACCUGUAUUCUCUCAGAUCUUAGACCAUUCAGAGACUCCUAAUACGGGGUCAUCCUGGAAAAAUGGAUCACAUAAAUCAAAUUGUGAAGUGAGGUUUCCAGUUGUUUCCAGUUCAUCAAACAAACAGGAUGUUCUUGACAAGGAUUCUGGGAAACUGAAAGUCAAUGAGAGAAGACUGGGCAAAGUCAUUCCUGUUCUGCAAGCCAAAAGAAGGACUAAUGUUCCGACGUUUUCACAAUCAGAUCUAGAAAAGCAGAAGGAAAGUUAUCUCAAGGAAGUCAUUGCUCAUAUAGAACACCCAAAGGACACUAACCAAGGUGCCUUGGGGGAACUGUAUGCCUUGAUGGGUCAAGUUCAUCAUAUGCAGAACCCAAAAUGGCAGCAUCCUUCGGACCUCACCAUGCGAAACUACGCUCGGUUCCGGCAGAAACCUUUGCAAAGAUACAGUCUGACUCAGUGGGUCGACAGGAACAUGCGAACCCACCAUCGUUUCCAGCGUCUCCCGGACUUCCCAGCGAGUCCAUUUGUCUCAUCCCAUCAGCAGUGAAGGUCCCUAUCCAGGGUCUUGUUCAGAGCAGCAUCUCAUCUUUUGCUCUUUUGUGCUUUGUAGAUUUUGAAUUUUAUUUUUCACAAGAUUUUUAUUUAAAGAACUUGUCACCUUUGGAAAUUCCCAUUGCUGACUUGAGAAUUUUUUUUUUGUAUAAGGUCCUUCUUGUUUGUCUGUGUGCAUGCAUUUAAGCACUGUUAUUUUUUAUUUUUUUAAUUUAAAUCAAAGGUGGCCACUUCUUGAAAGCCAGCAUUAAGCCAGAAUACCUAGGCUCAAGCCAAACCCCAAAUGCAAACCCCCACCUCUACACAGAGGUGAAGUCUACUUCUGGUGCCCAAAAGAAAUCAUCUUGUAAUCUCUUGUAAGGAAGAGAUUACCAGGCUGCAAGCCAGUGUGAAUUAUUGCUGAUGACUUAUAAAUGGACAUAAGUCACUUUUAUCAACCCCUCUUACUUUUUUAUUUGAAUCUCCGAGUACUUGUCAGUAUUUUAAAGUUGGUAAUCCAGGACAUUUGAAGUAGGAUGGAACAGGACAAAAAUCCUGUUGAAAGGACAAGUUAAAAGUGUAAAUGUUCUCUCCUUUUUGUACUUACUAGCUGCCUUUAUUUAUUUAUUUUUGCUCCCCCACCCCCAUUCUUUAUUAAAUUUGUUUUGCACAAUAGAUUUAUAAAUCUUACACAUCUUAGCUCUGACAUAGGACUGCUGACUAACCCUUGUUAAUCUGUGGUCUUGUGACUGAUUGUCUUUUCUGCCUUUUCUCAAGGAUUUUCCUUCUUUUUUCCCUGGUGACCAUUGUGCUCCUUAGGUUCUGUUGAUGUGUUCCUGUAUCCUGUUAGACCCAGUUAUGCCUCUUAAGAACGCCUCCCUGCUCUCUUCAUCAAGGAGCUUCCCACAUAGAGUCUUAACUCCAGGAGGGUUAGAAAGCCAGUACUACUGAGGUGUGAGUUGGUCUUCAGUUUCAUCCACUCAGCUCCACCUUCAGUCUUGAGUUGAUGUGUCAGUCCGUAAGCUCCAUCCUGUGGGAGAGACUUGGGAGAGGUGUUCUUUUGUCUCUGUGAUUAGUUAACAAGCAGUGCCUCUAGCUUCUGGAUGUUACCAUUUUCUUUGGUCAUACUCCUGGGACACAGUUUGACAGAACUGCUCCUGUGGGUCUAAUGUAUUUGUGAUUAAGCCUAUGUACAAAAGCAUUACCUGAUCUUAAGGUUUGGUAUUCUAACUUAAGUUGAUGGACUUUGUGCAGCCAGCCUGGUGGAUGUCUGAGGAGUUUGUUCUCCUUUCUUUACAGACGGCUUUAGAUGUCUUUCGGAAGGUCUUGCAGUCGGGCAUUCAUGCUGUUGCUCACCCUCUUUGAAGGCUGGGACAUAGUUAUCAGCAUCGCCUGUGGUGCUGGGCUAGCAGCCUCUCUUGGGUUUUGUUGGUUCAUCAGCCACCUUUGUAUGUGAGAAACCCAUCUUAAAUACCCUACCCUGCUUUAGAAACUGACUUGGUGAAGGUUUGGUCAUUCAAGCCACCAAUAAACUUAGAUGGAUGUCCCUAAGUGUUUACUGUUUUUACCUAGGUGAGGAUUCUCUUCCUUGGACAUUAGGUUUAGAUUCUGGGACCAAAUGCAAAGUUCUGUUCAAAGGCAAGAGUCAAAAUCUAUUAUUUUAGUUGGCAUAAUGGACAUUUACUACAUUAUUCACUUUUCCAGAUUUCCCUAAAUUAGCAAGAUGGAGUAAGAGAAGCAGACAUCUACCUUUGGAAUGACAGCAUAAUAAAAAUUAAUUAUAGCUGGAAUACCUAGCACUGUAGCUGUCUAGUUCUCCACAGACAACCCAAGGAGUGAAAGGACAGCAUUUCGCUUAGGCUCAUGUUCCUGCAUUCCUGGUACAGGAGGGUUUAAGUCUGAAUGUGUGAUGGCAGCAUUGCCUUUGCCAAAUCAAAUGAGUGACGGGUUAACUAGAAAAUGUGACAAUCACAUUUCCUCUUUGCUCAAAUAAUUCUGUUUUUCCAAAGCGUUAGCAGCUUAAUUAAAUCUGUUGGACUGGGGGAGGAGAGAACUGUUCUCUAGCGGUUAACAUGGUAUUCUUGAAGAAGAAAAAAAACAAAGCCAAAGAAAACUCAUUAUCAGGCAUGUUUGCCUUAGAAAUGGUAGUGGGUAAAAUCUGGAGUUCUAAUCUGUUUUUAAAGCUGCAUAUCUCAUAUGUGGUCUUGGGCUCACAGUCUAGUAUUUCCUGAGUUCUUGAGUAAGGGUUAUGUGCAUUUAACUGCCUACCUAGCUUUCUUCCUUCAGGAGACAUUUCUCACCACAGUGGUCUUGACAAAGAGUAACAAUGUGCUAUUUACAGAAGUUUACUUAUAAGAGCCUGCAAUAACCUAUAGCUUUGCAUCUCUCACAGGCCUGAUUGACUUGAGUUGUCAGGAUCAAUUACGAAACCGAAGUUUGGUGCCUCCUCUUUAUCAUGUUUUUUCCCUUGUACCAGUUGUGUUUAAUGUCAUUAAAAAGAAAUAAAAGUUCUUGUCGUGGCACAUGUACUGCGGCCGUCUGUUGCAGGCUUUGAAAGGAGGGUUCCAUCCUUUUCUUGUGUAGGCAGGUUAGUGGGGUCUGGGCGGGGGUGGCAGUUAGUAGAAUGUGGUACUGGGGAGGCGAGGGUGCACGCUCCCUAUUCUUUUGAGGGUAAAUUACAGUGUUGAGAAAGGCUUUCUAGCAGUCAAGAAAUGUUGAAAUUGAUUGGGAUUUGCAGCUACAUAUAGUGCAUGUCAGGAGCCUGACAUAGGGGAAGCCUGAAAUAUCACUGUGCUGCUGUUUUUGCAGAAGGGGGAGACGGCUCAGCCCGAUCAGACAAACACUGCCUCACAUUCCUUCCCAUGGCUGUGUGGUUGACCCCUGUCUGCCUCUCCCAAACUGGUGCUGAUCAGGGAAGAAGCUGAGUUAACCCAGAGCAUUCUCCUUUUGAAGAAAGGGAUAUGGCAAACCAGAACUGAUCAUCCAAAAUUGAUGGUAGUUCUUAAUCCAACUUCUCCAGAAACUGACUGCUCCUGAACCUGGGAUGCAGGUGGAAUAAGUGUGGGUAGAUAGGGGAGACAUAGCGUUCCUUACAUCCCUUUUGUGAACCUAAGCUUCUUAGAUUUACCCCAGGAAACAGGAUGAAGGCAAUAAAAGCUUGUCACCUAUAUUAGCCAAUGCUUAUAAAAUCUCAACUCAUGCUGAGUAAAUAAGUACCAACAUGUUUGGACAGACUCUGUCUUGCUGUUACAUAAGUUUUGUCUAAUGGCUGUUCUGUAGUCCAGGCAAAAGCUUCAAUACAAAUUUGCUAAACACUCAGCUAUUUGAUACUCUCUCACUCUGAGGUACUCCUAACCUAUACAUACCCAUUUUGUUUCUCUCAGGUGCAGAUCCUUUGUCUAGUAGUUGCUUAUUUCCUUUUUAGCAAUAUGUUACUGCAGACAUCAAAGGUUUCAGGGACCAGGCUGCAUUCUCUGAAGUGGUGGUGUUCCUUACUUACCCUUAGUUCAUUUUUAUGUUAUGGAAAAGUGAGGAGGAGGAGAAAUGGAUCUUCUCUCAAAAGAAUGGGGUCAUUCUCUAGCUUGUUUGGAGCUUUUUACAGGAAGAAAAAAAAAAAAAAAACCCAACCAUCUAAAACUAGAAAGCAGAGUUCCCUGCUUUUCUUUGUGUUGUCCUGCUUUUCUAAGAGAAAACAAUUAUUCCUAAGCUGGUCCUAAGGUAUGCUUGCUUUGUAUGUCAGAACACCUGUCAGGAAAAAAAUUUCCACUUGUCACAGGAAAUAUCAGCUGGUCAGCAGUGGAAUUCCUUAAUGAACAAGCUGCGCCUUUUCAAUCCUCCCCACCUGUCCUCCUCUAAUGACAACUGGAACAUGUCACAGACAGAAAAUCUGACCUUCCCCCAGCACCCAUUGAGAUGGGGGUGGAAUGUAACCUUUUGGACAACCUGUAAAACUCCCCAUGUAGUAGUCCAGAAUCAUUAUAGUUAUCAUUAAAGGAACUAUUUGUAUAUGAGGAUCUCCUCCGACUUAGCUUCAAGUGACACUUGAGGGUUUGGAAAUAUUGUACUGAUGGAGUUUGGUGGGGCUGGAGCCAGGGCGUGUGUCCCAUUUAUGGAAGCAACUUGUUCUUGGAGGCCACUUAAAAGCAAAAUCCUAUAACUCAAAAAGAUUUCAAGAAGGUGAAAAGUAACAUAACAGUCUGAAAUGUCACAUGCCUGGAAUGGUACGAUACUACAUGUUUUUAUAAAGGGCUGAAUUAAAAUAAAUAAAUAAUAAAUAAAUAAAUAAAUAAAUAAAUAAAUAAA